UUAAUAUUCAAGAAAAACUAUCAGAAGAAAGUGACACAAUGGAACAUGAACUUAUUACAGCUAAACAUGGAAUCGAUAAAUCAGGAGUUAAGAUUGAAAAAGAAGAAAUAAUGGACGAACAUAUUACAACCGAAAAUGUGUUGAUUAAAAAAGAGAAUGGUUUAGAACAAAUAUUUAUUAAAGAAGAAAUUAUAGAAGAAAGUGAUGUUAUGGAACAUGAACUUAUUACAACUGAAGAUGAAACCGAUCAACUAGAAGUGAGAAGCUCUUCAAAAGUUCAACAAAACAAACCAUAUUCAUGUGAGUUUUGUGACGAAAAGUUUAAAUCUCCAAGUAAGCUAGUUCGGCAUCAACGAAAUCAUACUGGAGAAAAACCUUUCUCAUGUGCAGAUUGUGAUAAAACAUUUACGUUUGCAAGCAGUUUAAAAAGACAUCAAAUAAGUCACACAGGAGAAAAAGCAUUUUCAUGUGAAAUUUGUAAAAAAACAUUUAGUCAAAAACCUCAUUUAGAACGGCACAAACGAAUUCACACGGGAGAUAAACCAUUUUCAUGUGAUUUUUGUGCUAAAAGAUUUCUAAAUCGAAGUGAUUUAAUUGUGCAUCAACGAAUCCAUACUGGAGAAAAACCUUAUUCAUGUGAUAUUUGUGAUAAAAAAUUUACUAUAGCAAAUAGUUUAAAACGGCAUCAAGUAUUUCACACGGGUGAUAAACCAUUUUCAUGUGAAAUUUGUGAUAAAAGUUUUACUCAACGAAAUUAUUUAGCUCAACAUAAACGAAUCCAUAUUGAAGAUAAACCAUUUUCUUGUGAAAUUUGUGAUAAAAAAUUUAUUAAUUAUAACAUUUUAAUUUGUCAUAUACGGACUCAUACUGGUGAAAAACCAUUUUCAUGUGAAAUUUGUGAUAAAAACUUUUCUCAGCGUAGUACGUUAAAUAGACAUAAAGUAACUCACAUUGGAGAGAAAAAGUUUUCAUGUGAAGUUUGUAGUAAAAAAUUUAGUUAUAAAAAUAGUUUAAUUAAACAUAAAAUAAUUCACAUGCAGGACGAUCGUAUCGAUGAAGUAUUCGAGGAAGAAAAUGAUUUGGUUAAAGAAGAACUAAUUGAUAUUGAUGAAAAACCACUUUCACUUGAAAAACUUGAAAAAAAAUAA